CUCAUAUAUGUUUAUUGUUUGAACUUUGUAAGGAUGGUUUGGCUUCUCGACGAUGUCUACGACACGAAACACCGGGCCUACAUGAUGCGCGAGAAGGAGAUGAAGCUUGAACCUUUGAAGAUUCGGUAUCACGGGGUCUCUCGUCCUGCCAUGCCUUACGAUGAGAGGUACACACCGUACAUCAAGCAGGCAGGACUACUCCUGUGGAUUCAGUUGGUCAGCCGGUCCACGCCGAAUCUGAACGCUCCACUGGUGUCCGCUCUUGCUGAUCGGUGGAGGUCGGAGACGCAUAGUUUCCAUCUUCGGACUGGGGAGAUGACCGUGACGCUCGAGGAUGUCUCGUUGAUCACCGGUCUUGCUAUCGACGGGAUGUCUCUCUGUAUGAGCACCGAUUCUGAUGGGUGGCGCGAGCAGAUGAUUGCUCUUAUCGGUAUGGCUCCUACCGAGGCUGAGGCUGAUGUAGAGGAGGGAGAAGAGAAGAAGAAGAAGGAAAGGAAAGCAUCCGGAGCUGCUUUCACGUGGAUUCAAACUCACUUUGCGACGUGCCCUCCGGAUGCCACUGAUGACGUGAUCCAGACACAUGCUCGUGUCUACAUGUGGUAUGUUGUGUCGAGGACUUUGUUUCCUGACUCCACUGGCAAGAACGCUCCAUGGAUGUGGCUGAAGGCGUUGACCGUCUUCGAUAGCAAAUGGAGCUGGGGUUCAGCUACUCUUGCCUACUUCUGGACGAUGCGUGUUGCAGGAUCACAGAUAGUGCAGGCAUUGGUGGUAAUAUGCUUCUACUUUCUGUAUGGAGCUGGGAGCGUCUGCCUGUUGGACGCCCGAAGAGCGUCAGGUUUAAUCCUUGGUAUGAAGAUGAAGAUGACGAAUUACGGCGCCCCACUUGGGCUUACAAGUGGGAUGUGGUUUCUGAGAUGA